AUGGGCAUACUCGAACGCAUUAAGGACAUCGAGUUUGAAAUCUCGAGGACACAGAAGAAUAAAGCUACUGAGUAUCAUAUUGGUCGUUUAAAGGCGCAGUUGGCGAAGCUUCGUUCUCAGUUGAUAGAGGGGAGUAAGUCGGCUGGUGCUAAGGGCGAAGGCUUUGAUGUCCAGAAGUUUGGAGACAGUCGGAUAGCGCUGAUUGGGUUCCCGUCCGUGGGUAAAUCUACGCUGCUUGGUCAGUUGACGGGAGCCAAGUCUGAGGUGGCGGCGUAUGAGUUUACGACCCUGACAUGUGUCCCUGGAAUAAUAGAUUAUCGGGAAGCUCGACUACAGCUGCUGGAUUUGCCGGGAAUUAUUGAGGGCGCAUCUGAGGGUCGCGGUCGAGGUCGGCAGGUGAUUGCCGUUGCCAAGAGUGCGGAUUUGGUGCUGAUGAUUUUGGAUGCGACCAAGGAUGACGCGCAAAAAGACAAGUUGGAAAAAGAGUUGGAAGCGGUUGGUAUUCGUCUGAACAAGGAGCCGCCAUUGAUAUCGUUGAAGGUGAAGAAGGUUGGUGGGGUGACAUUUAAUUCGACCGUGCCUCUUUCUGCGAUGGAUGCAAAGCUCUGUCAGUCUAUUUUGUCGGAGUAUAAGAUAUUCAAUGCAGACGUCUUAUUCAGAGCAAAUCAUAAUGCAGACGACCUAAUCGAUGUUAUUGAAGGGAAUCGAAAGUACAUCAAGUGUCUCUAUGUCUACAAUAAGGUGGACAUGCUCUCUCUUGAACAACUGGACGAACUCGCUCGGAGACCAAUGACCGUAUGCGUUUCUUCUCAGAGAGCUUGGAACAUGGACACUCUCCUCGAACGCAUGUGGGCGGAACUAGAACUCGUGCGCGUCUACACCAAAAAGGUCGGAGAACAACCAGACUUCUCAGACCCUAUUAUUCUUACACCCCAAAGAGGAGGCUCCACUAUCAAAAACUGCGUCAAAUACAUCCACACCAGUCUCCAAACGGAAACCAGAUACGCUAUCGUCUGGGGACGAAGCACUAAACAUAUCCCGCAACAGUGCGGCAUCGAGCACACUCUGGCUGAUGAAGAUGUGAUUCAAGUUGUUAAGAAAUAG